AUGAAACUUUUGGAAGCAGGAAUCAUAUUCCCCAUCUUGGACAGCACCUGGGUUAGUCCUGUACAUGUUGUCCCGAAGAAGGGAGGAGUAACUGUUAUCAAAAAUGAGAACGAUGAAAUGAUUGCUACAAGAACAGUAACGGGACAUCGAAUGUGCAUUGAUUACCGAAAACUGAAUGCAGCAACUCGGAAAGAUCAUUUUCCUUUACCCUUGAUUGACCAAAUGCUAGAAAGAUUGGCAAAUUACGAAUACUACUGCUUUCUAGAUGGUUAUUCCGGAUUCUUCCAAAUUCCAAUUAGACCGGAAGAUCAAGAAAAGAUGACAUUCACCUGUUUAUACGGAACUUUUGCCUAUCGGCGAAUGCCUUUUGGAUUGUGUAAUGCACCUGCAACCUUUCAGCGGUGCAUAAUGUCUAUUUUCAUUGAUUUCAUCGAAGAUUUCAUGGAAGUCUUCAUGGAUGAUUUUUCAGUCUAUGGAUCCUCUUUCGACACAUGCUUGGCAAACUUAGGGAAAGUUUUGCAGCGCUGUGAAGACAAGCAUCUUGUCCUUAACUGGGAAAAAUGUCACUUCAUGGUCCGCGAGAGAAUUGUGCUUGGACAUAAAAUAUCUGGAAAAGGUAUUGAAGUUGACAAAGCAAAGAUUGAAGUCAUGACUAGCCUACAACCUCCAACUAAUGUGAAGGGAAUCCGAACAUUUCAUAAGAUCAAAAACGCCCUUGUUUCCGCUCCAGUUGUGCAACCACCUGAUUGGGAACAACCAUUCGAAAUCAUGUGUGAUGCAAGUGAUUUUUCUGUUGGAGCUGUGCUUGGUCAGCGGAAAGAAAAGAAACUACAUGCAAUCUACUAUGCAAGAUCUAAGGUUAUCGUCCAUACUGACCAUGCUGCAAUCAAGUAUCUAAUGGCAAAGAAAGAUGCCAAACCAAGGCUGAUCAGAUGGAUACUCCUGCUGCAAGAAUUUGAUAUUGAAAUCCGAGAUCCGAAAGGAGCAGAUAAUGGAAUAGCUGAUCAUCUUUCUAGAAUUCGAGUAGAAGAAAAACUCCCUUUGAAUGAUAGUUUUCCAGAAGAAAAUGUCUACGCUAUGGAGACUAUACCUAUUACCAUGCAAGAAAAGCCAUCCCAACCUCCUAUACGGCGGUCAGAUGCUUUUGACAUCCCAUGGUUUAGGCAUAUAGCAAACUACUUAGCUGCAGACAUCAAACCUCCACAAUUCUUUGGCUAUAAAAAGAAGAAAUUCUUAGAGGAAAUCCGGCAUUAUUUCUGGGACGAACCUUAUCUCUAUAGGAGAUGUGUAGAUGGUUUAUUCAGAAGUAAGAGGAAUGAAAUGCCUCAAAACUUCAUUCUUGAAGUCGAAAUCUUUGAUGUAUGGGGAAUUGAUUUCAUGGGACCUUUCCCAACUUCUUUCGGAAACCAAUACAUCUUAGUAGCGGUAGACUAUGUCUCUAAAUGGAUAGAAUCAGUCGCCAGCCCUACUAAUGACAUAAAAGUGGUUAUAAAGCUGUUUAUAUCAAUCAUUUUCCCUCGUUUUGGAGUUCCUCGAAUUGUGAUAAGCGAUGGAAGAUCCCAUUUCAUCAACAGAGUCUUCAAAAAUCUGCUAAAAAAGAAUGGAGUCACGCAUAAAGUUGUAUCUCCAUAUCACCCUCAAACAAGUGGACAAGUGGAAAUCUCUAACAGAGAGAUCAAAUCGAUUUUACAAAAGACAACUGGCAUAAAUCGCAAAGAUUGGUCUGAAAAACUCGACAAUGCACUUUGGGCCUAUCGGACGGCAUACAAAACUCCUUUAGGGACCACGCCGUUCAAUCUUGUUUAUGGAAAAGCAUGUCACCUCCCUGUAGAGCUGGAGUAUAAAGCACAAUGGACUAUUAAGGAGAUGAACAUGGACUUUAAGCCAGCUGGAGAAAGAAGAAUGUUUCAAAUGCACGAAUUAGAAGAAAUCCGCCAUAAUGCCUAUGAAAACUCCAAGAUAUACAAGGAGAAGACGAAGGUUUUAAAGUCUUCUAGGAGUCCUUCGUUCAUUCUUGUUCCCUAUGUUGUUUCUGUUGCUAACCGCUUAGAAAUUGAUCUCAGUAAUUGGAGCCUUGAGAGUGCUGUAUCGAAUAACCAGACCUAG